GGUUUAGUUUAUGUACAUUGGUUUAGUUGAUGUACACAACGCUUAUAUAAACAAAUAUAAGUGCGGUUCAUGGUGUUUAAGUGCUUAAUGCAAUCCAUUGGGUGAGAAGAACAAUGCUGGCAGCAUUGUGCUUCAGCUGCCCCCGUUGUCUGCUUCUAAGGCGGGGCGGGGCGCGUCUGCCUGGCACUCCGUUGCCGAGAGGACUGGCAGACCAGACGGCUGAAGAAAUUGUGAUACCACCAGAGCCCACAACAUGCUGCAUGUCAGGAUGCGCGAAUUGCGUCUGGCUGGACUACGCACAAACACUGUCCAAGAUUCUGGACAAUAACGACGAGCGUGCUCGGGAAAUUGUGCUCAGCAGGAUAACAGAUCCAAACCUUAAAAUGUUUCUAAGCUUGGAGCUGAGAAAUCUGAAGCUAAUGCGUGAGACUGCGGCUGCAGCCGAGGAGCCAAAAGCACCAAAUUAGUACAAAAUGCUGGACUCUAAUUUAAAUUUUAGUUUAAAUUCUAUGUAGAUAGAUUUUAUUGCUUAUGUAGCACAAACCGAUCAGACCUCUAAUACAAAUUAAAAGUUCAACAUGGUUCAUACAAAUAAGGAAA